ACUUGAAUUGGCGCGACAUCCGCCGGCGACAGUGGAGGACUUGCCGAUCAUGGUGAAUCUCAAGGGAAGUGGAGGCAAAGGGGGUCAGAAGAAGAAGCCUGGUGACUUCAAGCGCCCAAAGCGAAAGGUCGGGCGGAAGGUCGUACAGUCGAACGUGACGAAUGCGUCGAUCCAGUCCCGUCGAAUCAACAUGACCGAACAGAGCAUGUUGCAAGACAAGUCGGGCGCGGCCGUGACCCACCGCAACCAAACACUGCAGGAUAUUCUGUCCAAAGCCUCUCAUUACAACGCACACGUUCGCCGCGAUGCUAUGUUCAGCUUGAAGGAGCUCAUUCACAUGCAUCCGACAACGCUGGUCGCGAACAUCGGCGUUGUCUUGGAGCGGAUGUUGCAAGCUAUGGUGGACGACGAAGCCAUCGUGCGCGAGGCGUGCGUGACGACGUGGAAAGAAUGUUUCGUCAGCCUUGCGUCGUCCAAGUCGGAGAACGUGAUCGUGCCGUUUGCUCAGCUCAUCCAGGUGUACUUCUGCAGUGGCUUGACGCACAUCAAGCCAAGUGUUCGGGACGACGUAUUGCGACACAUCAACGCAGUCCUGGAUGUGCCUGGUUUUGCUCUGCUCUUUGCCGGAGCACUGAGUUCAGAAGAGUGCGGCCGGCUGCUCGAGAACUUCAAGGAUACCAUCACGACCAAGGCGACUACGGUCCACGUGAAGAACUCGUACAGUUUGUUUGCGGAGAAGGCUAAAGCAAAGCAAAGCCAGCUUCAGUCGAGUGUGUUGAAAGGCCGGUUCUUCGCCGUCGAAGUUGUUCACAAACUGCUUGAAGCGAUGGACAGAGCGACGUCAAUCGCUGCAGCCAAUGCCGUGACCGACCAGAUAGCCUUGGCUUCAUGCAAGUCGCUCCUUCUCGUGCCGCGUCAGCAAUUAGUUGGAUGGAGUCCUCACCGAGAAGCAAUCAAAGGGGCUCAGGCAUGCAACGACCUGUCCUGGCCCGCGAAAGCGGUGUCGCUACUGUCGCCGUUGCUUGGGUUGUGGAUGGAGUGCCACGGAGACAAUUCAUCUAAAUUGUCUCCUACAGUGUUGUCCCACUUGAUUUUGAUUGUGGAAGCGUCGACGAUUAUCUUCCGAGCGUCGAAAAUGCAAGUGGACGACCCAGCGUUGAAGUCGUUGUCACAGACGUUUUUCAGCGACUUCCCGCGAGCCCCCGCAGAUGUCUUGAGCUCGGGUGAUACGUCGUCAAUGCACGUAUGGAGCGCUCUGAAUUUGGCCAUCGCGCAGUGUGGAUGCAAUUGUUUAUCCGGGUCGAAUUCAACAACUAUGGACGGCGUGCUCACUCGGUUUGUCCAGUCCGAACUUGAAACCCUCGCCACAUCCGAUCGACAAAUCGCCCAAGGACCGAGCUUGCUCAAAGGUCGGCUGCAGCUCGUCACGUCUUUGCUGGAGAGAGGAGACCGUCCUGAACUACUCGAAGCUUUUACGACGCUGUACAUGUGCAGUGUUCCAAACUCGGCCACGUUUCGCGUGUGUUCAGCCUUUGCCCUUCAACAUCUAACCCACGUCUUCACGGCUACAUCGCGAGGCAAGAUCGAAGCCAUGUCCUGGUCCAUGAUCUCCAAAUGGAUGGACCGAUUUGGGCUGUACAUGCUUGCGCUUGUGGACGCAACGACCCACCGCGACAUUUUCAACUCCAUAUUCCGAGUGUCCAUGGGUGUAUUGUCUCGAAUGCCUACCGACGUGGCAGCAUCGGAACACAUCGAGUCGUGGGCGAAUUCGGUCGUUGCGUUCUUUACGCCGUCUACGAGUCCGGUCUGGUUCGGCCACUUGCCGUGGGCGAGUCAGUUGGAGGCCGUGGCUCUAUUGCACCACUUGCCAAAAUACCCGCCAACGUUUCUGAGGUCACUCGCCACGUGCUGCAAGGCACAGGAAAUAUCGGUGGACGCAAAGAGCUUCGUCAUCGACAUCGUAUCGGGCCAAGGGUCACUCAAUAAAUUCGAUCGCGGUGCACUUCUCAGCUUUUACAUGAGCGCAUUGUUUGCAGACGGGAACGACGCGUUGUGCCCGCAAGUGUGCCGAUUGCUGAAUGCCCUCAACUUUGGACCCACGUUAUCUUCCAUUCUUGCUCCGACUUUGUCCAAGCAAAGCGUGGAGGGCAAUACGCUCGCCUUGCUCAUGGCAUUUGUGGUUUGCUUGAAGUCGUAUGCGUCGGUGAGCGCCAAAACCAGCGCCAUGGACAAGCUGCCAACCCCAGAAGUGCUGAAACCGCAUCUCAUAACGUCACUUGUCCAAGUUCUCGUCGAUCCCAAGCUUGACCAAUUCAUUCCCCACGUCUUUGAAGGCAUGCGAUAUUGCAAUGGCGUGUUUUUAGACGUUGCGGCCCGUCUUGCCCAUGACGUGAAAACGUCAUCCAUGUUGCUGCGCAUGCUGCGCGAGGCCAGUCUUCGCAAGAUCGUCGGAUUGUACCAUGCCGACUUGACCGACCUCAUUGAUGGCAUUCCUGCGACCGACGAAAAGCGACAGUUGGUCAACGAGCUUAAACUUGUCGUUGUUCAUGCGUAACUUAGCUUUUUAUGUCAUGUCGCCGCGUGCACAGACACCGCCAUGAUGCCGUGAAGAAGUGUUCGAUGCCAAGGACAAGAUAAAUUGGAAAUUUGUGCGGAUAUGUAUAAGCUA